CUCUGCUUGUAGGAGGGAGUUCCAUUGAACCUGAGCUUCAUCCCUCUGGACAUCAAGCUAACCAACUGGGACGACCUGCCCGAGGCCUUCAGCCGACACCAGGAAAAUCGAAUACAGGUGCUGAGAUUUGUUCAGGAUUGGAGCAGCCUGCCGGCCAUGAAGCAAAAGCUGCUCCGACGCAGCGGCGUCCUCUUCCACAGUCCUACCCUGGGCCUGCAGCAGCUGGCUGCCAACCAGCGCCCUCAUUCCAGCACCAAGAGGUACCUGAGCAGAGACGAGGUUGCAGAGGCUUCCCUGAGCAAGGCCCAGGAGGGAGGAGGCAGCGUCCGGGUGGUCACCAAGGAAAACUUCUUCACAAAGAGGAGGUCUGGUUCUUCACUGACGCCGCCUGCUGCAGAGAGACAGAACGAGCAACCCGAAAAGACGGAGGAUGAGCAGCCUUCAGAGCCCGGCUAUCUUCAGGCUCUGGACAGUCAGGGUGUCCCUCUGUGUCUUUCCUGCCAGCAAGCCUGUCCUACAGCGGGUGGAGCUUGGGAUACACGAUUCUGCAGCCACAGAUGCCAGGAGGAAUUCCAGUUGCGGUCCAGCCAGACGUACAUGCGUUCCCGUGUGCUGGAGGCAGAGCAAGGCAUUUGUCAACACUGCGGCCUCCGUGCUCACGAACUGUUCCUAAAGGUCCGUGAUGCCCCCCCCUCCAAGCGGAAAGAGAUGCUUGAGAACACAUGGCUGGCCCAGCUGCCACUUAAACAGCUGAACGAGAUGAUCCGAGCUCCGGUGGAGGGAGAUUUCUGGCAGGUGGACCACAUCCGGCCAGUCUACAGAGGAGGAGGACAGUGCUCUUUGGACAACCUGCAGACGCUCUGCACUGCCUGCCACAAAACCCGGACGGCUCAGCAAGCCAAAGACCGCAGCCAGAUGAGGAAGAGCGCAACAGCCUCCAAGGUUGCGUCAGACAUCAGCAGGUUCUUCAUCAGGAAAUAAAAACACUCAGUUAAGCUAAAUUCCUCGAACCGAAGCAACUGGAUUAGGUUAUACAGACAUGGAAACAACUAUCCGCUGAAAUUUUUUUCUGGUUUUUAUGUGAUAGAUCAAUAAAAAAGUGUUUGGUAACUGUGAGGUGGAAGGAGAUUUGUAAAUUAGUUUCUGGAAAGUGUGGCAUGCAUUUGCUUUUAAUCAGCUUUGACAGCAGUUUGUCUUUUAGAAGAUUUUCUUCUUCCAUUCAUCUUUCUAUUAACUCUUAUCUGCUUCUCAACCCCACAUCAUAACUCGCCACCACCGUGUGUCACAUCAAGCUGUGCUCAUGGUGAUCUUAGUUGGUCAU